AUGGCAUAUGACAUUUAUGAAGAUGUUGACGACACAACUGUUCCAGCAAGUGAGGUAAAGUCAGCCGAACCGAAAAGUGACGAAAAACAGAUAGAAGAAGGGAAGCCAAAAACUGAAGAUAAACCAAAACCAAAGUUUAGUUUCCAAACUAAACCAAGUCAACCUUCAUUAGCUGGUAUGGGUUGGCGUCAAAGACUUUUGGCAGCAGGUGGUUACGUAAAAUAA